CCGUUCAUAAAGUAUAACAGAUGUUACUACUCAGUUGAAGUCAUGAAAAUUAUCGCAUUUAUCGCAGUAUUGUGUUCCUAUUGGUCUUGUAGAGGAGAUUCUCUGAAUUUUACGCUUGACAUCAAUUUUAAAGGCGAGAAUUCCAAGUGUUUUGUGGAAGAUAGUGAAGUUAACGGUCUCCAUAGUUCAAAGUAUGUGCCGAUUUUCGGGCACAACCUAACAAAAAUCAUAGAUGGAAGCUCGGUCCUGUGGGAAUGUAAUACAGUCGAAAAGAAGUGUAAUGUAGUUGUUGUUUAUUCAACAGGAGAACAACGUACAUUGGUCUAUUUGGUCAUAUCUGAUGUUUAUAAUGUAGUCAAGGAGGCUUACUUUGAAAACUCUGGCUCUGAAUGGCUGCCAAUUGACAAGGCAGUAGGCUAUGCACGCCUUGGUUUACACAUGCCAGGAGCACCUCAUGGAGGUAGAACACUCAACAUCUCAAAGGUGGAUGCCUCCAUGUUCAAUGUGAAAACAUCCAAAGCAGAUGGUGUCACAGUUCUAGUCUACAGUCCCAAAGUCGGAAUACAAGUAGGCAAAGUUGUGGAUAGGAAUGGCAAGAUAUGGGAAGAUGACUCAAAGAAGUUCAUGCAGACCACAGUCCAUUCCGUUUGUGGUAAGCCUCUUUUGUCACAAGUUCUUCUGGAGACACAAGAUGGAGACGGCGAAGAAAAGUGUUAUGAAAAGGAUGAAGGUCAAUGGAAUGAGAUUAGCGAGGAAGAGUACACGAAGGCUGUUGAAAACGUCAAGUUCUACAGGCCUCCCUUUGACAUUUCAAACGCAGAUCUCAGCAGGUUCCGUGUCGAAGAGUACGAGGCGUUUGGAAUGCAGACUUUGGUGUACACUCUCAACUCAGAAACUCCGGUAACCAGGAUAGUUGAGGGAAGCAUCAACAUCUGGGAGAGUAAGCUUGAUGAUAAGGUAGAUAAAGUCUGGGUAUAUUCCAAAGCAGGGGACUAUCUUCAUGCACAGCUUCGCAUCACAAACUCCACUAACGGCCAUGUCAUUAAUCAGUACAAGAAGCACAAGAAUGGGUGGUCCCUAUUCAUCAAUGAUGACCUUUAG